GCGACGACGAUCGUCUGACAGGCGACAGCCAGGCGACGAUGCAUCUCGCCACUGCAUUCGCGGCGGACUCGCCGUACGCGUGGUGGCAGCAGCACGCGUGCGGGAUCAAUGUCGAGCUACUGACCCGUUACUCGGCAGACACCGCGUACAACGACGGGCCGACGCGGGCAAAUUACAUGCAGCGGAUGGCCGAAUGCCCACGAUGCUGGGCGGAGACGAACCUGGAGGAUGAGCUGCUCGUGCCACCGAUUGGGACGCCCGUGCCUAGCGACGCGAAGGAGAGCAACUGCUUCGAACUCUCACCGGGCGACGUGCCCGAGUGGGUUUGGGCGCCCUUUAGUGGCGAAUUUGUGAUGGUCGACCGAUUUGGGGACGACGAGCGGCCGUACAUGGAGACGCAGGGCACAGACUGGUUCACCAUCUGGGCGUUUGGCAACGUCGCUAACUACGGCCUCGGGUCGCAUGUUACCAACGUCGUCAGCGAGGGUGGAGGGCGGCUCAACUUUCACCUCUGGAUCCCGUUCCUGCCUCCCGUGCUCUCCGACCCGUGGGGCAUCUGGACGGUCAAGACGGCGUACGACGUGGAAGUGUACUUUGACGGGCUCUACCGGGCGCACGACAAGACCGAGUACCCCAUGCUCGGGUACAACUACGUUUCUGGCGUGUGGCAGGCGGACGGGCUGAGGCACGUCUCGAUCCUCGAGACGGGCGGCUACAUGGCCUUCCACUACCAGUGGCUGAAGGGGCAGGCGCGCCGGCAAAUCACCCAUCUCGCCCGCCCACAUAACCGCUCUGACGAGUAUCUCGUUAACCUGACCAUGUACCACCCCUCGCUCGGCCUCGGAACCGCCAUCGCCAAGUGGGCCCGCGUCGGAGCAAACUCGACGGCCGCAGCGGGCUCCGCCGCCGCCGCCGCCGGGCCGGGCGCGACUGCGCUUGCGACGCCCACGGCGGCGGCGGCGGGCGGAGUGCUGCUCUUGGCCGCCGCUGCCCUCGCGGCUGCGGCGUGGAGGAAGCGUGGCAGUGCGGAGGCGGCCAGCAAGCCGGUGCGGGCCUCGCUGGUGUGACCGAUGCCGGUGUUGUGGCGGGGACCGAGGGGGGACCAGGGGCAAAGCCCCCUGCCGUGACGCGACGCGCUUGCUUUUGGGUCGCGGCGCGUGAGGACAAGAGCGGAGAGGUGAGUACACAAGGACAGACGAUGAACAGAGAGUGGUUGGGGUGUGCGGGUGUGUCGAGGUAUGUGAGCGCGCUCGACGAGGCUCUGUGGGAGUGCGGAGUGCGCAGCGCGGCCAACGCUUCGAUCUCCGGAGACGGAAGCCGCGCUAUAUUUGUUUCUAGCUGUCACCUGAACUUGUGUACGUGAAAUAUGUGAAGUUGUGUGCUUGCUAUAGUCUGAAUAAAGCCGUAUGUGAA